CGCCAUUGUCCAGUGUUACCUGAGCUCCUAAGACUAACGAUCACGAAGAUUUGCAGCUAUUUCCGCGCACUGCAACACCUUGCUGGGAUCACGUUUAGUUGGGGACAAAGGCUUGCCUGAAUGUCUUUACUCAUCUUUAAGUUGGUUGCUUCCAGUGCACUCAAGUGUACUGGAAGCAAGGUUUAUGACCUCAUUUCUCAUUUUCGUUUUAUUUAAUUUAAGUAAUUAGUUCAUGUUUUGUUUUUUUCCUGUUUUCCUGAACUGAAAUUCAGUUACUAACAUGUCAUCACUUGUCAUGUCUUCAUGUACAUGACUAAACGUGCCAAAUAAGUCUUCGUAUUGGAAAACACAUCUUGUGCGUGCUCCCUGCGAUAUGAUGACCCUAUCCUUAUAUAUAAAAUAUGUACUUAUAUUCACCUAUCAUACCUGUCCAUGAAUUUCUGCUAUCUGCUCUUAAAGCCCCCUAUUUAUUGCACUAACAACCUGAUAACUGAGCCUAUCCUAGCCUGAUUGCUAUUCACUGUACGUGUCUCGAUAAAAUAAAGAAUCACCACUAAUCUUGUCUCUCCUGCAGUCUGUUCGAGACCCAUCCUGACGUGCAGGAAGUUUUCACGCCCUUCCGUGGCCUGCCAAUGGAGCAGGUGAAGCAGAGCAAGGAACUCCGCUCCCACGCCCUCAGGGUGAUGGGCUUCGUGGAGAAAGCGGUGAGGCGCCUCGAUCACCCGGAGAAGCUGGAGCCGCUGAUUAGGGAGUGUGGACGAAACCACUGCCACUACGGCGCCCAGCCUCACCAGAUUGAGCUGGUGGUGCCACAGUUCCUGCAGGCCAUCAAACCCGCCUUGGAGGAGGAGUGGACCCCUGAGGUGGAGGAGGCGUGGUGUCUCCUCAUGAGGAACAUUGCCUUCGCCCUUAAGUGUGCCAUGCUAGAGGCCAUGAAGAAGUAGUGGCAGAGGAAGAAUGGAAGAAUGAAGGGGAGCGGUGUCGUGAUGGAGGGAAUGAGAGAGGGUUAUAUAUUUAAAAAGGAUGGAAAAGAUUAACAUGACUGAAACAAAUAAUGCCUCAUACAUUUUAGGUCAUGCUGAGAAGGUAAUGACAAGAAAAGAGAAGCAGAGGUCGCUACGGUAGAGGAAAAGAAGUAAAUGUCCUCCAUGAUGGAAGAAAGAGUGAUGAUGGUGUCAGUAAUUGUGGCAAUGGUUGUGUCAUUGGCAGACAGCGGUGUAUUGGUAGAAGUAGUAUAUGUGACAGUGAUAGUGGUGGUGAUGGUGGCAGUAGUGGUGAUGGUAGUGAUGGUAACAAUGGUAGUGGUGGAGGUUAUAGGGGAUUGGUAUGGUCGUCUUGAUAAUGUUUCCAUAUUGGUGUGAUGAACAUAGCGCUGUUAGGAGCUGUUAUACUUUCUUUCUUUUUUCAUUUUCAGUUUACCUCAUAUCAAAAGUUUUCAUUAAAUAAUGGACUAAAUGAAAGGAUAUAAAGGAUGAGUUUAAAGUACGUAAACGUUGAGUCUUGAAGCUCGCUAAAUAUUUCAUGACUCGAAGGUGGCUACGUUUCUUCCAUAAAGCGGACCUCUCAGAGGAGCACCAGGGGAGAGGUACACCUUGCCCACAUUCCUCCACCACCAUACGAGCAGGAACUAAAUUGAAUAGUAUGUGUAUCAGGCACUGAGCCAACAUUAUCUGUGUAACACCAAACCUGUUAUAGUUAAGAACUGGUGUCAUGUUCGUAGCUUGUAGUACGUAGUUGCCCGCUCCUUGUUUACAAACAAAAGCCAGACUGUUGUGAACACUUUACAAGGUCUAUUUCAUUCCUAUAUUUGGUUAAUCUUUUAACCAAGUCUCCAACCAUGUUAGUGUGGGCACCGGCGGACAAAUAUGUUUUAUCAACACGGAUUUUUUUGUAAACAUUGGGUUCUGAGCAUGCGCAGUUCGCGGGCGGAUAGCCGCGUACAAAAGGACGGCUAGGAACACAAAUGCUCUCCAACAACAACAACAACAACAACAACAUGGCUGAAGACUUGGUUACAUGAUUAGUCAAAUAUAGGGGUGAAAUAGACUCUAUAAAGUGUUCACACUAAUCUGACCUUUACUUGUAAACAAGGAGCGACAGCUACUUACAAGGAAAAGCUACGAACAUGACACCGGGCAGACACCUUCCUCCGGCACUACACUGUAACAGCAUUGAACUGUAUAUGUAAUACGCACAAAGAUAACAAACAACAAUGUGGCACUAAGGCUUUUGUAGACAGACGCAUUCUACUAACCCACACAGCAAGGAAUUGAACUAUUUGGGUAUUGAGCAUCAAGCUAAUAACUUUGUGGAACUAAGGUUGCUGAAAUUAAGCAUAUUGUUCUACCAACGCAGAGACGCGAAUUGUAUUGACUGGCCUUCAAGCACCAAGGCAAUUAGUGACUAUGAGGCACUAACGCUGUUGUAUGCUGCUGCUGCUAUUAUGUAAGAGUCAGGCGCCUUCCUCCACCACACACAAGGCGAGAUGGUAACACCGCAGCUUUUUGCACUGACACACGCGACCAUUAUGUGCUGCAAGGUUACAGGUAGAACUUGAAAACUUAUAAAAUAAAUGCCAUAAACAAAACAAGAUCAAACAAUCUAAGUAGCUCACAGAGCAAGAAAAACACGAAAUUAAGACAAAGGAUUGGAGCUAUUACGAAGGAUUACAAAGCAUAACAGAGUACAAAAACAGAAAACAGAAACACCUGUUACUAAUCAAUCGAGGUUAUCACACCUGGGACAGAGAAUGUAUGUAAAUAAAGGUGUGCCGUACUUCUAUGAGCGUUGGCGUAGGGCUGGUAGCGUCACCCUUCCUGAGCCUCCGCAUGUGGAGUAGGGUGGUUAGUUCCUUUCUCCGCUGCCUUUACGUUCCUAAUCAUUGUUGAUCGGUACACAUUUAAGGGUGGGUGAACCUAGGAGUGGGCAAUAGUCCUAGAAAAAUCCCAGUUGUCAUCAAGAUUCGAACCCGAGACUUCUUGCAUUGUAGUCAGAUGCGCUGCCAACUGAGCUACCGUGCUCCCCUGAACGUAUGUACCUAGAGAAAAAAAAAAUGCGUCUCCAUGCCAACCACUAAUAAGGAAACUUACAACCCGGUUCACACUAGUUGUUUGGCACGUCAGUCUUGAAAUAGAGCGUACCAUCAGUAAUGCCACUCUGUUGACAAGGAAUUUAAUCUAAGAUAACAAGAACACAAGAAAAUAAAGCAAACUGCAAGAAGCUAUCAGACCUACAUGUGGCAGUGUGGCAGUCCCUGAUAUGCCAAAUAUUCCUCCGUGAGACGGGAGCGUUGUCACCACUACUUACGUAAAGAAGGUUUGAAUAGCAUAAAUUUUGUUGUUUCCAAGAACUGGUUGAUAUAUAUCUAUA